CGUUUUUUGUUUUUUUUUUCCCAAAACGUUUCCUCUGUUGUAAUUACCGGAAGUGCGACAAUGUCCCGGGUUUGUUUCAAGUAUAAGAGUAAGUUCUCUGUCACUCCUUGAAAACCUCCGCUCAUACAGCUUGGUCCCUUCCCUGGUGAACCUCCGACCAGCACGCUGUCUGUGGCGGGAUGUAUUCCGAACUGAGUGAAAAUGAGGGCUGUGAUGAGUUCAGCCGCAGGCCUCAAGUGCAGCUCAGCGAUCACCUAGUGUAUCCAGCCAGAGUGGCCCCCAGGUUGAGUUGCCCUGGAUUCUACCGCAUUUCCACCAUCUGCUUGGCUACACUGAGUGUUGUCCUGCUCAUGUCCAUCAUAGCCAUCUCUGCAAGCUAUAAGAACAAACCUCAGGAAAACAGUGGCAAGACCUCGGAGAUGCUUAAGCAGGACGUAAACAUUACAGUUCUGAUGAGCACCAUCAUCAAACUACAGGAGGAGAAGAAAGAGCUGCAGGACGAGAAGGACGAGCUUCUGGUCAAACUGGCCUCCAAGAUGACCACCAAAGCUCCUGACGGGAUCAAACCAGCACCAAAGGAAACUCAGGCCUCUACUGAGUGCCCCGCAAACUGGCAUCUCUUUGACAACAGCUGUUACCUCAUCUCUGAAGACGGAAUGAACUGGCAUCAGAGCAAGGAGCACUGUCAGAACCAAGAAGGUCACCUGGCUAUCAUCCUCACACCUGAGGAGCAGACUUUUUUGUGGGAUCUUCUUCCCAGAGGACACUGGAACUCCUUCUGGUUUGGAAUCACAGAUGGAGAAACAGAGGAUGUGUGGAAAUGGGUUGAUGGUUCUCCUGUGGUUGGAGGUUUCUGGGAGGUUGGUGAGCCCAACAACCACAUUAAUGAGGACUGUGGCUACAUAGUGAAAACCGAGGUGUUGGAACGUGUGGCGAUACGGAGCUGGUACGACGCCCCCUGUUCCAUGUACUUGCCCUUCAUCUGUGAGAAAAAGGUGGAUCUUGCAGCCGGCCCCGUUCCCUCACAAUGACGUGUCAACAGAGCUUCAAUCAUCAAAGAAGAAGAAGUUUUACCAGUCGGAAAGUGUGUCGGCAUGUUUGUGUCCUUUUCUUUAAUAAGUCUGAGAGGUUGAGAAUGCUGAUGUUUUCCAGCACAUUUUCAGACAUUACCUGCUAUGUUAUAAUCUUUCUCAGCUCACUCACAUACUUCAGCCUCUGCAUUCAUACAGAAAUACAAUAAAAUGCUCAUUUGUUUGUCAUCAGCAUGGAUAACCACUCUGUCCAGGACAAAGGACAAAAGCAGAUUUAAAAUGUUAAAACACGUUUACACUAGCAGAAGGAAUAUUAUAAGUAGCUGAAAUCUGAUUUUCAUGAACCUCCUGUCAGGUUGAUGAAAAUUAGUUUAAAAGAAAAUGUGUUGAUGAAAUCAUAAGGUCUUAUUCCCACGUCAGACACGUACAAAAAAUACCAUCUUAUAGGUUAGGACAGCCCGAUUUUCUCUGUUCACUGUGAACAUGAAUACAGCUCAAACUAAAGCUGGAAAUCCACAUUACAAACCAUUCGUGAGUUUGUUUUGUCUGUUCAGAUUAUAUCAGAUGUCCUCAUUGAAAAGAAUGGGAGUAAAAAUAUGCUCUUUAGUUGCAUGAAAGCUCAGAAGAACGAUUACAGGGGGCUUUAUGUGGAUUGUUGGUGUAUCCACUCCAUACAAUGAUCUGUCAGGAUGUUUUUGUGGCAUCCAAACAUUCAGGCAGAGUGAGAGUAUGUUCUUUAAACUAAGGAGCAUCAUCCACUGGCCAGGCCAGAUUGACUGCAUAGCCAUGGGACUCUGCUUACACAGUAGACUGCUCCAAAGAGUUGCAAUAUAAUCUGUUUGGGCUAGCAGGACAAGAAAUUAACAUGUUGGGAGGGGGAUUUGUGAUUUUUUUUAACCCUGUCAUUGAUUGUGAUCAUAGUGCUUUUGUACUGUUGCUGGUUUUAUCUAUGUUGUGACUAUGUUCCUUCAUUUGUCCUUUAAAUUUAGGCAAAUGAGUAGAUUCUUCUUACAUAUGUGUAUAAAUGAUGCUCUGCUUUUGUCUCUCUCUUUAAUUGACAGCUAAGCUGUCUGCAUGACUGAUUGACCUCCUGGUCAGGAAUAAAACUUAAAAAUACGCACCUAUGA